GCGCUUGGCGGCACGUCCCGACACCGGCGGCGCUUGACGGCAGGGCCGCGCCGGGACCGAACCGUGCCGGGACAGCGGGGCCGAACCGGGGCCGAACCGGGACACCGGCAGCACGCCGGGCCGGGCACCAUGAAGCUGACCACUCAGGCUUACUGCAAGAUGCUGCUGCACGGCGCCAAGUACCCGCACUGCGCCGUGAACGGGCUGCUGGUGGCCGAGCGGCCGCCGGCGCCGCAGCCCGCGCUGCUGGUGGAUUGCAUCCCGCUGUUCCACGGCACGCUGGCGCUCGCCCCCAUGCUGGAGGUGGCGCUGACCCUGAUUGAUUCCUGGUGCAAGGAGAACAGCUACGUGAUAGCUGGAUAUUACCAGGCGAACGAACGCGUGAAAGAUGCCAGCCCAAACCAGGUUGCAGAGAAGGUGGCCUCCCGGAUUGCCGAGGGUUUCACGGACACUGCGCUCAUCAUGGUUGACAACACUAAAUUCACCAUGGAGUGUGUGGAGCCUGCCAUCCACGUGUACGAGCUGCACGAGAACAAGUGGAGGUGCAAGGAUCCCCACAGUGACUUCUGUGAAGACUGGACCGAAGCCCAGCGCAUCGCUGCCUCCCUCCUGGACAGCAAAUCCUACGAGACACUGGUGGAUUUUGACAACCACCUGGAUGACAUCCGCAACGACUGGACAAACCCGGAGAUCAACAAAGCUGUGCUGCACCUGUGCUAGGAGGGAUCCUCCUGACUGCCCCGUGGCCAUUCCCACUCUGUACUGAAGAGAGAAAAAUGCUAUUUUUGAAUGUAAAUAGAAUUAAUAUUCAGUACCUUGUGUGGAAAGCUGACUGAUUAAAGAGGAGUGGCCUGUCCCGUGGCGCGGUGCUGUGUCCCUAAAGCCACGGAAUGUUGGUGGUGACAUUCCCUGGAAGAGCUGCCAGCUGUCCUCGUGGACACCAUCCCACUUGUAGUGAAUGUUGCUAUUCCUUGGAAACCAGAACUGCUUCUGCUUGGUCCCCAUUGUUCCUAUUCCAAUGUUUUGACUUCAGCUUUUCUAAUCUUCAGUGAGGUUACUUUUUAACGAUUUCUGGAAAUACCUUUCCAAAAAAACAAAAAAUCAAUCCUAUCCUCAGAUGAGAGAUUUUAAGGGCAAGUAGAUCAAAUGGGAGGUGAAUGGUUUCUUCUGGCCUGGUUUGGAAUUGUAACUCUCUUGGCACAGUAAAAUGCAAUCUGCUGAGGAUGUUCCAUGCUCAUGUGUCACCUGUUUCGCAGUGCUUUAGCAUGACAGAGAGUUUUAAAGCAGUAUUCCCAAAUGAUCUGGUGGUCCUGCUCUCCGUGGGCUUGGCAAGCGCAGUUACUGCUUGAAUGUGUUAAACCCAAAGUAAAUUAUUUAUAAAAAGGACUGGAAGCACA